CGGCGUAUCAGAACCGUCCAAGAGCUCUUCGACCCUUCCAAGUUUCGCCCAAUUCUCCCGAUCGAUUCACGAGGGCGAGCGAAUCAACCAAUCUAGGGUUUCGAUUCUCCGCGCGAUCUUCGUCUCACUCCUCUUCCCCGAUCAAUUCCCCGGAGAUCGAUGGCAUUGCAGGAAAGCCUCAAUAAGUUCAAGCAACAGCAAGAGAAAUGCCAGUCAACGCUUACCAGCAUAGCAGCCCGAUCUGCGUCUUCAAAGGCACCUCAAACUCAGAGGACAGUUUCACCCAUGAACGCUCCCUCAGUUUCUACCAAAGUACCUACGCCUGCAAAGUUUUCGAAUGACACAGAAAGGCUUCAACACAUCAAUAAUAUCAGGAAGUCUCCUGUUGGGGCGCAGAUCAAGCGUGUAAUUGACAUACUUCGUGAGACAAGACUAGCCUACACACCCGAACAAAUAAAUGAUGCAUGCUAUGUGGAUAUAAUGGGCAACAAAGCUGUCUUUGACAGUCUGAGGAAUAACCCUAAAGUGAACUACGAUGGGAAACGUUUUUCUUUCAAGGCCAAGCAUGAUUUGAAGGGCAAAGACGACUUGCUCCACCUGAUAAGGAAGUUCCCAGAAGGCCUUCCUGUUGUGGACGUCAAGGACGCGUAUCCGUCCGUUAUGGAGGAUCUGCAGAUCUUGAAGACGCAAGGCCAAGUUUGGCUGCUGUCGAACAUGGACUCCCAGGAGGACAUCGUCUACCCUAACGAUCCGAAGGUGGCGUUAAAGGUGGACGACGAGCUGAAGCUGCUGUUCCGUAGUAUCGAGCUCCCGCGCGACAUGGUCGACAUCGAGAAAGAGCUGCAGAAGAACGGGAUGAAGCCCGCGACCAACACGGCCCAAAGGCGGGCCAUGGCGCAGGUCCACGGUAUCACUUCCAAGCCCAAGCCGAAGAAGAGGCGCGAGAUCAGCCGGAGGACCAAGCUCACCAAUGCCCACCUCCCCGAGCUUUUCCAGACCUUGAAUGUGCCCGACUCUUGAAGAGUCGAAUCUGCCUGAUGACAUUUGCUUGAUGGUUCAUCACUUUCCCCCGCAGGCCGCAUUAAAAGAUCCGCAGAUAACCGCCUCGCAUUUUAUUCUUUCACGCUCGAACCCCUUUCCGAUCCGUUCGAAACAGAUAAUUACAUUUUCCGGUUAUUCAUUUUGUUUCUGAAUGUGGGGGAAAGUGAUAAUCGCACGAAUGCGAGUGGAUUUUACUUUUAUUUCUGCUUUCUGUGACAAUAAUAUAAUACUCUCUACUGUAUAGUUUGCUCUUAUGCGGGUGAAUUAGGUAAUGUGUGUGCACAUUAAUUUUGGGAAAUAAUGCAAAUAUUUACCCAAAUUACUGGUGCAAAAUUGCAUUGUAAUAAUUUUGUAAAAUGUGAAAAUGGUGGAUUUUGAUACUCUCUUAAGUUAUUAUUAACUUGUAUUGGCA